AUGGGCUUUCAUCCGUCAGGUACCCCGUCUGGCCCGGUUAAGUCGGCCUCACUACCUCCAGCGCGGUGGGGCCCAACUGUUUCUGCUCUGAUUUCUCAAGCGUCCGGUGAAGCAGCAAGCGGCGGAGCGUCCCCGCUGCGGCAAGGGAUGGCGUCGUGGGCGGAGCAGCUGCAGCGCGAGCUCGCCGGCCGCGGCCUCGCCGUCGCCUCCGUUCCAGGAAAGGGCCGCGGCCUCCUCGCCGCCCGCAGCUUCUUCCCAGGGGAGGUCAUUAUUUGCCAGGAACCCUAUGCUUCUACGCCCAACAGGAUUUCGGUUGGAUCGAGCUGCGACCACUGCUUCGCCUCCGGCAACCUGAGGAAGUGCUCGGUUUGUCGAGUAGCUUGGUACUGCGGGAGCGUGUGCCAGAAAGAAGAAUGGAAGCUUCAUCAACUUGAGUGUCAAGCCAUCUCAGCGCUCACAGAGGAAAGGAAGAAGAUGCUUACUCCUACAAUCCGUUUGAUGGUGCGGCUUAUACUAAGAAGAAAACUGCAAAGCGAGAAGGCCAUUCCAUCUUCAGCAACAGAUAACUACGAUCUGGUGGAUGCGCUGGAGUCCCACAUCUCGAAGGUUGAUGAUAAUCAAUUGGUCCUCUAUGCUCAGAUGGCCAAUCUUGUGCAGCUGAUUCUCCCUUCAAUUGAACUUGAUCUUAAGGAAAUCGCACAUACUUUUUCUAAGUUCGCCUGCAAUGCUCAUACCAUAUGUGAUCCUGAACUGAGGCCCCUUGGGACUGGACUGUUUCCUGCUAUAUCAAUUAUUAACCACAGUUGUGUACCAAAUGCAGUUUUGCUAUUUGAGGGUCGGACUGCAUAUGUACGCGCGUUGCAACCCUUGAGUAGCAAUACUGAGGUAUCAAUAAGUUAUAUCGAAACUGCAGCAACCACUUUGAAGAGACACAAUGAUCUCAAGCAGUACUUCUUCACCUGCACAUGUCCCCAAUGUAUUAAGGAUUCUGAGGAAGAUGCUCUCCUGGAGGGAUACAGAUGCAAGGACCAAAAGUGUGAUGGCUUUCUGCUGCCUGACUCGGGAAAGAAGGCUUAUACAUGCCAGAAAUGUAGCAUUUCUAGAGAUGAAGAAGAGGUAAAGAAGGUGUCAAGUGAAAUAUUACUGCUGUCUGACAAAGCUUCUUCGUUUCUUUCAUCUGGAAAUAAUAGUGAAGCAGGUUCAGUGUACAAGAUCAUUGAGCAGUUAGAACAGAAGCAUUACCAUUCUUUCUCGAUCACUUUGCUUCACACACGUGAAACACUCCUGAAGAUAUAUAUGGAGUUGCAAGAUUGGCAGACUGCAUUAAUGUAUUGCAGAAUGACUAUUCCAGUUUAUGAAAGAGUUUACCCACCUUUUCAUCCAAUGGUCGGACUGCAAUUCUAUACUUGCGGAAAGCUCGAAUGGUUGCUUGAGUACACGGAGGACGCUCUGAAAUCGUUAACUAGGGCAGCAGAUGUACUUCGGAUAACACACGGCACACAAUCCCAGUUCAUGAAAGAGCUAUUUGGUAAGCUGGAGGAAGCGAGGGCAGAAGUUUCAUUUAGGCUAUCGUCUGGAGACGAGCAAAUUUCAUGA